AUCUGAUAAGCCAAGCUUAUUUAUAAAUGUCGAGUUGCCUCUAUUUUUUAAACACUUAAACAACAACUUCAGGUGUAAUAUUACAGAAGUGUUUUUGUACCUUUAAUUAAAAAUAUAUGCUUUUCUUAAAGAGCAGUCUUGAAUUGACAUUUUAUAUAUUUUAGGAUUGUAGAUACAAGAAAAGUAUAAACAAAUUACUAAAAAAUACAAAACUGACUGAAGAAGUUACAUUAUCUUUGAAAUUUUCUAUGUAGGGUUAGCCUACAGCUAUGAAAAAUCUAUUUGUGUUAUUGUGUUUAAAAGAAGGCAAAUGCAAGCGAGACAACAUGAAUUCACUCGACCCACAUCACCGCAACUUUCUUUCUUGACUACUUCGAAUAAUUUGGGAAAUGUUCAUGUGCAGACACAUUUUGAUAACAAUGUUCCUGCCAACAAAAUCAUCCAUGUCACAAAUUAUAAUCGAGGUUCCGUUUCAGAUUCAAUUCUUGAGGACUCUUGUGACAGCUUCAUGGAUACUGACACUGAAGAUGCUAGUUUACCUGGGAACCCUCAAGCUGAUGCCGAGCCUUAUUUAUCCCUAAGAAGUGCUCUGAAUAAAGUUGUUAAUACAAAACCAGAUGUAUCUGAUCCUUACCAUCGCUAUCCACAGCAUAGUAGUGGUGACCUAUCUCCUCGAAAAGAACUCAAAAAAUUAAUUAAAGAAGUGGAAACCUCUAAGCCAACUACACCUGAAUAUUCUCCACGUAAAGAUGAGUUUGUAAUCGACAAGUUAAUGACUGAUGGUAUUCCGCAAAUCAAAAUUAUAGAGGAACCUGAAACAACUUACAGAGCAAGAUACGAAAGUGAGGGUUGUAAGGGUCCAAUUCAUGGAGCUACUGAAACAGGCUUUCCAACAAUAAAGAUUGAAGGCUACGUUGGUGACGUUGUUAUUACUGUGUUUGUUGUGACACGUGAAGAUGAACCUCACUUGCACACUGCUACUGGUCCUGGCUCGACAAAAGCUCCUUGUAAGGAAGUCACAUUAAAAGAUGGGACACCUGCCAUUCAAAUGUUGAUGAAACCCGAAGAUGAAAAUGAUGAAAUGAUUGCAAUCUUUGACCAGUUAAGUAUCAGGCGGGUUCGAAACUGGGAAGCUGAUCGUGAACUUCGAAAGCGUGGUAUUGAACCUUCCACAUGGAAAAGUAAGAAGAAGGAAGCAAAGUUGGCGUUUCAAGCAUCUAUAGCACCUUCUAAAAAUCACACUGGUUAUUUAUUGACAACAUACUCAAGAUCAUUUUUAUGUACGGCACCAUCUGGAAACCCUGAGAUAUGGUGGGCUAGUUUGAGCGAAUGUUCAGCUGAAGGUGGCGAAGAAAUGGGAUUUAUUGGAAAGAAAUUUGCUUCUGGGUUUAAAGUUCGUUUCUUCUCAAAAGAGGAUUAUGGCAAUACAUGGGAAGCGUUCGCAGAGGUGGACAAAGCAAAAUCUAAUUUAAAUGCUUGUGUUGUAAAAGUACCUCCUUAUAAAGAAACAACGCUGCCUGAAAGUAUUGUAGUGUACGUUGAAAUUCGGGUUGGUCCUGAAAAGGAACCAAGAAAUAGUGACCCGUACCCGUUUACCUAUUCCGCCAGCAAAACCGUGGAAGGUUGUGCGAACUGUGCUCAAAUUAAAGGAUUUCUUCAGCGCGUGUAUAGCGCACAAAGUGGUGAUAUGCCAUCAAGUUUAACCGUUGCUUCUCUAAAUGCUGAAGCGAAACAAGACAGUUCUGAACGAAAUAUAGAUGUUAGUAAAAUGGGUGCGAAUAUAGAACCGACAACUCCAACCAAGUUACGACUAGAUUCGCCUGCUAAACGUGUUGCGAAUAUGCCGUCUGUUUUACCCAGCAGUGCAUCUAACGAUAUCCGUGUUCUUUUGCAACAGGAGAAGUCAGUACUCAACGGGACAUGUGCAAACAACAUUGCGCCUUCAACGUUAGGUGUGCUCUAUGUACAGAAUAACGUUUUGCCAGUUGUUGCCCCAACAAGUAGACCGAAUGUUGCUGUCCAACCUGGUUUUAUGAUACAGCAGCCAGUUUACAAUAACAAGCCUAUUCAAAACAUCACUGCACCUGCGCUCGUUAACCCGCAAACUAUUAAUGCUACCAAUUUAACUACUGCAAAUUUCGUAGGAUCGCAACAACAAAUUAAUGCUGUUAAUUCCAUGCUUUCUGUUCUUCCUAAAACAAAUGUUUCAGUCACGACACAGACUGCUUUGACACAAACACCUAUCGUACAUUUACCAAACAAUGACAUGCAAGCAGCGUCUCACGUGACGUACCGACAUACGACGCAGGCUGUGCCUAUUUUAGUAUCUAGCGAACAACAUGCGGGAAUAACUGGUUUAAUUACUCCGACUUUAACCGUACCGUCGAACUACGAGCUUGUAAAUCAGUGCGCUACCGCGCCUGUAGUUAAUAUGCAGUCCGGUGGGACUAAGGAAUUUCUUCAAAAUAGUUCCAUUGCAAUUCAGCAAGCGUUCGAGAAGGUCAAAGAAGAAGAAAUAUCACCAAAUUAUCUUCAAGAUAAACAACAUAUGUAUAACAGCCAAGUACCGAUAAUGUUUUCCAAUAAUGCUUUGACGUUUCCCUUGAUAUCCACUCGUGAUUCGCAAAGCAUUAUUGUUUCUACUUCUUCAAGCGUGCCAAUAGUUCCCCGCUCUAUUCCGUGUGUAAAUGUCCUGAACUCGACUUCGACAACUAUGAAACCCUUCGACUCAGCUGUCGAUAACUUUUUACCUACACAAACUGUUCCCUUGGAGAAGCAGAUACAGAUUUUAACAAACCAUGUAGAAAAACUGAAAAAGUUGAAGACGAGCGAAACUAUGUUGCAAUAUAAUGUGUUAGAUCGUCAGCAAGGAAAUUUCCUUCAAUCUCAGACGCAACUAUCGUUUUCAUCCGCGACCACGGUAGAACCUUUUGUCCACAGUAAGCUGCAGCAAGCAGCUAGUCAACUUCACGUCAACCAACAACCAAUACAAGUUCCGUCAUCAGUUUACCAGCAGAUGGAGAAGGAACAAGUCCAACACACGUCGCCUGAUUAUCAAAUAAUACAAAGUGCUCUUGCCAAUGAGAACCUCGCCUCAGCCAUCUCGACAUCGUUUAUAACUGCAACUAGCCCUGUGCAGACCGUCCCAACAACAUAUACUGCUAUUGCUCAGAAGCAAGCAUACAUGACUGUACCUCAGUCGGUGAACCAAGUAUUACCAACUUCAACAUACCAGACGGCAGUCGUCUAUCAACAACAAAACGGUGUCGGGCAGCAGCAACAGUUUACCUCGUCCAACUUUUCUAACACAGCUUCUCAACAACAAGCUACCAUUACUCCAUUUUCAAACAGUCGAAAUGCGCACCAAGCGCAGCAAACUGCCACUGUUUACAACCAGCAAGUUGCGCAUGUUCACCCGUCUUCCUAUCAAACCCAGUCGCAGCCGCAAACAUCUUCGUUCACUCUGCAACAGCAAGCAUUCCAACAGCCCUCACAGCCUCAUCAUCAACACCCUUCUCCAACGUUUCAGCAACACCCUUCUCCAACGUUUCAGCAACACCCUUCUCCAACGUUUCAGCAACACCCUUCUCCAACGUUUCAGCAACACCCUUCUCCAACGUUUCAGCAGCAACAACAAUUAUUUGAGAACAUAACGAAUCUUACUGAUUUCUCAAAGGCGGAAUUUGAAAACGAUGCUACGAAGGAGUCUCAAUGGCAAACUCGUCCAUCAAUCAAUGAUGCCAUAGCCACUAAUAAAGUUGGGUAUCAUGAUAAUAAUACGAACAAGCAGCGCUCCUCGAGGGCUGCAAGUCCUAUGAAACUAAAUGAAAAUGAGAAUAAUAAUUUCUUAACCGCAUUAGAGCAGUUGAACAAUUCACAAACGUUUACGUCGUCGUUACCGUCAACACCUGUUGCCAUGACAAACCACGUCUCCGUUUUUAACACUACGCCGUCAGAUAUUCAACUUUCACAGAUGGAUAAUUCUGUUGUCGAAGCAAAUGAGCUCAACCAAUCGGAAGUCAGCGUCGACUACUCCGACGCUUAUAAAAACGUUAACAAGUCAACGAGUAACACGUGGGUGUCAUACCAAAGCGAUACAUCACAAUACGGCCAAUCCACAUUAUAUCAACAACAUCUGCAACCAACUACCGAUGGAAUACAAAAAGGUUGGUGAUGUAGUAAAGCUUACUGAACAAACGCUACGUGAUGGCGUAGCCGGAUAUAGAUCGUGGAUUUGCGUGCCUUGAAAAUAUUUUUAACAUGUCAGUAUUUUCUUUCCUUUUAUAUAUAUAAUUGGCAUUUUUUAAUUGGAUUUUAGAUAGUCUUUAAAGACUAAAGAUAAAUAUUAUGAAUUUAGCCUUUAUAAGAGGGUCCAGUUGUUUUGAUCACAAAACAGUUUCGUCUAUCAAUUUACGUAACUUCGUGUUCUACGUGUUUUCUCCUCCCGUUAUAACAUGCUUCCUUUUUGAAAUAGCCUCACAAAUUUUUUAAUUCAGUACUGGCAUCUCAAAAAGUGGCAAAAUUAGAAAAUUUGUGAUCAAUAGCGAGAACGUCAUAUCUGAUGAUCUGCGCAUAUAAAAGUCAAACUAUAACAGGGCGAUAUUAUACACAAGCAGACUUUUCUUUGUGUUGAAAUCAUUAGAUGAAGCUAGAUUUUUAAAAGUUAUAUUUUUUAUAAAAAAGAAAAAACGUGGGUGAAUUAGUCGCUGACGUAUUUAUGUAUUGUUAUUUGUUUCGUUGUCACGGUAACAUAGGAGCCUCCCAUUUAUUUGUGUGAUUUUAUGAAGCGUGUGUUUCUAUAACAAUUCUACUUGUACUUAAGUUUAAUUUUUAAUUUUUUAAUCUUUUUUAUAAAUCCUAAUUUUGUCAAUAUAAAAACUAAGAAGAACCGCGAAUGAUAAUUUUUGAAUAAAGCAUGGAGGAUGUCAAUCUUUCGUGAGUGACAUUUUUUGCCUGACUGAUAGUGAAAAUGUUUGUUGUGUUCUUGCGGUGGCCAACUUAACCCCAAAACUGUUUUUAUUUUGUAUGUAUCGUAGCUAAUCAUGCUUUUCAUAUUUGAACACGUGCAGCCUUGUCCCCAGGAAUUUUCGGGCAUUUUAUAUUUGCACGGCCAAAUAUAGCCCAACAAGUCCUGGGGAUAAAGUUGGAAAAGGUGGUUACGUUGAGAGUUUGUGUUACCUAAAAACAAAAAAACGAUUUGACGUAUGGCUAAAUAUGCAAAUUAGAAGAAUUUCGCUCACAUUAGCUUUCGCGAAACUAUGAUUGAUUUUAUUUUAUUUAGCGCUUGUUGUGAUAUAACAUAAUUUAUGCAGAAUAAUUUAUUUUCAAUCGUUAGCGAAACAGACAAGCAUGUAAUGUCUAACCAUAGUCAUAAAAAAGGACUAUGGUCUGGUCGAGUAUGAUUAGCUACAAUAAUCUUUUUUAUUUAAUUUUUUUUCUUACUUUCCAGAUUUUAACGAUUUUAUACUUUAUUGUAAUGAUUAUAUCUCAUAUUUUGAUUUGAAUUAAAUAAAUUUUAGCUGUUUUACGUGAA